CCAGGACGGGGCGGAGUUUAGCAACUUUCCUGCAGGCUGCUGCCAACUGACGGUGGACGAAGGCUGUCGAUUAAGGUUAUGUGUUCCAAAAGGAUAAAUUGACCCUUUGUGGGGGUUAAAAUACGUUUUUUUAAUCACUUUGGCACUUUUACGGCUGGCUGGCAAUAUGAUGCGCUUCCUGCUGCUCUUCAGCCGCCAGGGCAAGUUGCGUUUGCAGAAAUGGUACACGCCCAUGUCUGAUCGGGAGAAGAAGAAGAUCAUCAGAGACAUGACCACGGCCGUGUUGGCACGGCAACCACGCUCCUGCAACUUCCUGCACUGGAAGGACUUGAAGAUUAUUUACAAGAGAUACGCAAGCUUGUAUUUCUGCUUGGCCAUAGAGAACCAAGAGAACGAGCUGCUGGCAUUGGAGGUCAUUCAUCGCUAUGUGGAGCUGCUUGACAGAUAUUUUGGCAAUGUGUGCGAGCUUGACAUAAUCUUUAACUUUGAGAAGGCCUAUUUUAUCCUGGACGAGUUCCUCAUGGGAGGAGAAAUACAAGAAACCUCCAAACAGAUUGUGAACCGCUCCAUUGAAGCCUCAGACAUGUUACAAGAGGAUGGCAACAGUGAUUGGUAUGAGGUGGAGCUGUUGGGAUGACCUUGAAUAUGGACAGACAGACCAUGGAGGAAUAUAUGAACACGCCGGCUUUUUGAGGCAUGACAAAGGGACACAAAGUAACACUCAGGAGAACACGGGAGUCAAAUAUACUCAGGAAGGCUUCAUGGAAACCAGAUUUACUUUUUUGGGAAGAAACUGGAAUAUUGAUCGUAAAUAUAAUUACUCUUCAUCUUGCACCAUUUUGAAAAUGGUGCAAAAGGUGAGGUAAAAAACAUUGUUUUGAAAUAAUUGUGCUGAAUGUUAUUAAUAAUGUAAUGGAUGUGUUAAUUUGUGUCUAUUUAAAGAAACAUGUUGCCGGUUUAUUCACCUUUUAAUAUCAAAUGUCUUGAGCCACCUUUAAUAUUUGCUAGCUUGGGUGUGUUUUUACAACUUGCAAUGUGUGGAACUUAUCAUAUAAUUAAAUGUGUUUUUUUUUCUGGAUAAA